AUGAAGCGUCUGUGGCUGUGGUUCUUAUGGACUCUGGCGUCCAGCGCACGAGUGAAAGGUGCUGCCCCCAGUGGUGUGGUCGACGCACGGCUUGUAAACGGAGACUCCAAAUGCUCAGGGAACUUGGAGAUAAAACACGAGGGGCAGUGGAAGACCCUGAAGACAAAGGCCAGCUAUCAGUAUUCUCGAUCCACUGGUUUUGCUGAAAUGGCCUGUCGUCAGAUGGGCUGUGGUUCGGCUGCGUCUGUCCAGUUUGUCCCUAAUGCGUCUGAGCCCAAACCCGCCUGGGAAAUCAACUUCUCCUGCAGGAACCCGGACCAAACCAUCCGCCAGUGCAAAGACUCGGCUCAGCGCAAAAGAGUGGAAGCGAUUGAGUCGUAUAAUUCGAGCAUCGCAGUGACGUGUUCAGAGACUCUGAGAAUAACUAGCGAGACCAUCUCCACCUGCUCUGGGACCGUGACGCUGAAGUUGGGCCAGUCCUGGUUCCACGUGUGCGUAGAGGACGGCCUGCUGGACCAGUCUCUGGCCGACAGGAUGUGUGCGGACCUGGGCUGUGGGACUUCCAGGAUGAACUCGUCCUCCACGCUCCAAACCGCGGUGGAGACCAGGAGCCUCCAGUGCUCUGGCAACGAGACGCUUCAGGACUGUCCAACUACAGCACAGAGAGACUGCAAGAGGGUCCUCACUCUGGACUGCGACAACCCGUACAGUUUGAGACUUGUGGGAGGAGCCAACCAGUGCCAGGGGAUUCUGGAGGGUAAGAACGGUUUGGAGUGGAGGCCCUUCUCCCGGGGCUGGUCCGACACCAUAGAGAUCGUGUCCAAACAUGUGUGUGAAGAGGUGGGCUGCGGGUCCCUGAUCCGCGUCACUGCCGUGUACUCGCCGCAGUCUCUGCCGCUGUGGGAGCUGGACUGUUGGGGAGGCUCCGGGUUCUGCAACAAAUGGCGUUAUACAGAAUCGGAAGACAUGCUGCAAGUCUCCUGUACAGAGUCGGUGAAGUGGGACAGCACGUCUCUCUUCGGUCGGCCCCGACCCGAGCAUUGCACUGGGUCCGUUAUGGUCAAACAGGGUGGAUCCUGGAGGGCUUUGUGUCACCAGGAUUACACGUUGGCUCAGGGCUUGGUCGGCUGCAGAGAGCUGGAAUGUGGAUUUCCUCAUGCCCCAGUGAAAAUGUUCUUGAAGAAUAUUACCAAUGCUCUGAGUACAAACUGCAGCGGCCAUGAGGCGAGCCUGUUGGACUGCCCUGUCUCUGCGUCACCAGCAGGGGGCAGCACAUGCCAACCCGCCUUUCUCAGGUGCGAUGAGAGUCCGUCAGCGCCUGAAAUGCAGACCUUUUCUAGAAUGUCAGAUUCGACAUCCACAAAGCUGACGGUGAACAGAGGCCACCGUGUCCUCGUGGUCUGUCGCGUCUCCUCGCCGUCCACAGUCCUAACCUUUAACCUGCAGUUCCAAUCCUCUGAGACUGUGCUGCUGCAGAACAAAACUGCUGUGGCCAACGCUGAUCAGUUUGUGCUGGAGCCUCUGACACGCAGCCAGGAGGGGUUUUAUAAGUGCAGCUACGACUUUGAAUCCAGCCCUGAGAAGUUCUCUGAAGAACAAAGAAUUCAUCUGAGCAUCACAGAUUGGUCGUACGUGCGCCUGGUGGGAGGAGAGAGCGGCUGUGUGGGCGUCCUACAGCUGCAGCACGGGGGGGAGUGGAGGCCGGUGCAGCAGGAGCAGUGGAGCCGGAGCGAGGCCUCUGUGGUCUGCAGACAGCUGCUCUGUGGUUUUGCUCUGCACACAGACACACAGAGCAGGGCGGCACCUCUGCGGAGCACCUGGAGGUUCUUCUCUGACUGUGAUGGCUCUGAGCACGCUCUGCUCGGCUGUGGCUCCAUCAGGGACGGGGCCUCUGCAGACACCAUCCACGUGCUCUGCUCAGACAUCGUGGCUGCUCCGACCAUCUCUGUUCUGUCGGACAGAUUUCACCCUGAAGACGCAGAGACAGUUGUGGUCCCUGAGGCCCUCAGCGUCUCCCUGAACUGUUCUGUGGAGCCUACGUUUCCUGGAGGUCGCUUCUCUCUCCUCUUCAACGGAGAAGAACAAACCAAACUGAGGGAAAAAUCCAGCGACUAUACAGCACUUUUCUCUUUACCCAGUGUGACCAAGGCUCAGAGUGGAAGCUACAUCUGCGUUUACCGCAACACAAUGUGUUACAGGGACUUCACUUUCCAGAGCAAGAAGGUCAACAUUACUGUCAAAGAGUCCCGGGACGUAGAUCUGUCUGACGGCUGCUCCGGGACUCUGCUCAUGAGGAAAGACUCGUCUGCGAUGAAGAUGGUGACGGCGGAGGCUUCGUCCUGGGACCUGAGACACGCCUCCAUCGCCUGCAGGCAGCUGGGAUGUGGAGACGCCGCUUCCACCUCCAGGAUCCAGCUCCAGGCCUCACAACCCGCCUGGGGCUUUUUCUCUGACUGUGAAGGAGGAGAGGCGUCGCUGCUCCAGUGUGGACAGAUAGACGAGUGGUUUUCUCCCAGCGCCAUUUAUGUCAGCUGUGAGAAGCAGAGGGUAAAGUCUUGA